AAAAGCAGAAGCAGUGACCGAUGCCCCGCUUUGUUUUACAAAAACAUUUUCUGAGAACAGAUAAGAGGAGAUCAGGCAACCGGAGAGAGCGAGAGAGAGAGAGGAUGGCAGCGGCAGCAUCAGUGCUAAUGGUGGGUCACUGCUCCAACCUGUGUUUUCGUAAAGCAGACUUUCUCAACAGAGCUUCGGUGAAGCUAAAUGCGGUUUCGGAGCUCGGGUUCGUCACUUCGCAGUUGGGCGGCGUCCGAAUCUCCCCGUCUAUUGACUUGGCCAAGCGCAUUUCGGCUCCUGCCAGAUUUCUUCCUCUUCAGCCCGUUGCCCGUAGAGUUUGUCCUUUCACUGGGAAGAAGGCAAACAGGGCAAACAGGGUUUCGUUCUCAAACCAUAAGACAAAGAGGUUGCAGUUUGUGAACCUGCAGUAUAAGAGGAUCUGGUGGGAAGCAGGGAAGCGCUAUAUCAAAAUGCGAUUAUCAACAAAGGCAUUGAAGACCAUAGAGAAGAAUGGCCUGGAUGCAGUUGCCAAGAAGGCUGGAAUUGAUCUUCGCAAGAAAUAAUAUAUUACCUAAUUACUUUUGUUUCAUUGUUAUGUUUUUAAUGGACCUAUUUGCAACGAUAGAUAUGUAUCACAUCGUGGGACGGCUGGAAUCAGAUGCAACUUCUGCACCUCAGAAAUAUGCUGUGCAGUCCACUUCUUGACAAAUGCAGCAAACACAAUCUGCUGAUGUGCGUCGGAAUAUGAACGCAUUUGCUUCUGCCCUUGCUGGAACAUAGUCUGCGCAGAGCAUCUCUUUUCAUGGUUGACAAAGCAAUGUGUAAUCUUUUGAUGCAUAUUUGUAUUGAUGUCAAAGACCAUUGCUAGAGGCAGCAUUGAGGGUGUAACAGGCAACUGGUUUUGUUUCUUUGACCAUCUGAAUUUGAUCGUUCACUUUGUAUUCUCUUCCCUUCUGUCUGGUACUUUUAACAUUUGUGUAUACCUUAGCGUUUGUAUUGAACUGUGUAAAAUGAAAAUUACCCUUUUCUUGGCCUA